ACAAGGUCUCGAGAUGCUCCAUCGUCCCCCCCACACUUCUAAAAUCCCCCGUCCCCAACCUCCUCUCUCUCUACGCCCCUCUCCGCCCCGCAAAACCCUAACCCGAAACCUUGAUCGAUCGCGAUCCAUGGAGUUUCGGUUCCGAUCCGAAGAGGAGCGGCUCUCCUCCCUCACUGAAGUCCCUCCUCCUCCUCCUCCGUCCUCGUCGUCCCCUUCUUUCUCCUCCUUCGCCUCCUACUUCACCCGCCAAGCAAUGCGAGCGGGUCUGAUCGGCUUCCGCGGCGGCCCGAUGCAGCCGAUGACGGCGAUGGAGGCGCUGGAGCGGGAGAUCCGGAAGGAGAGGAUUCGGGAGGAGAUUUUGAGGGAGGAGGCGGAGAGGAGGAUUCUCGAGGCGGAGGUGAGGAGGGAGCUGGAGAUGGAGCGGAUGUUCGGGGUGCGGCGGACGAUGCCUCCGCCGGAGGAGAGGAUGGAGCCUUUCCCGGCGCCGUUCGGUCCCGAUGCUAGGGUUAGGUUUAGGGAUGCGUUAGAGUUUCGGUCCACGGGUCGGUGCUCGGAGGAUCGGUCCGAUCCAAAAAAGCUCUGUUUGGAGGCUCCUCAGAGGACUAGGGAAGAAAAGGAGUCACCUUUGGCUACGAAGAAGCUCGAGUUGCAGAUCAUCGAGUCUCCGGAGUCGUCUGAGGUCCCACCGCAAAAUAGCAAGCUUUCAGGAACCAAAAGGAAAGCAGAACUAGAUUCUGAAGUGAGCAAAAAGCUCCAGAAGCAGCCGAUCAAGAAAGAUUGGAGCUGUGCUAUCUGCGAGGUUUGUGUGACCAGUGAGAGCGCUUUGAAUGAGCACCUCCAAGGGAAGAAGCACAAGGCAAAGCUCGUGCUCUCUGGUGCUGUGAAGAAGUUCAACAACAAUGACAAGAGCAUCUUGAAAAAACCGAAAGCAGAAGUAUUGGCCAAGGCCGAAGGCUCCUCAGCUGCCGAAGGAGAGAAGAAGAUAAGUAUGCAGGUCGACGGGAAGAUGUACACAGUUCUACAGAAGAAGGAUUGUCUAUGGUGCGAGAAAUGCAAAGUGAAGUGCCUUAGUUCCAUUAAUAUGGCCGUUCACCUUGGAGGGAAGAAGCAUAACUCGUCGACCGAGAAUUUAAAUAAAGCCCAAGCUCGAAAGCUGGCGAGAGCUGCCACAAAAGUUAAAUCUAAAGAGAAUGCUGAAAAACCAAUAAAAGAGGAUGCAAAGGAAAAUGGUGCGGAGGAGGAUAAAGAAACUGCAGAAGAGGGAGGAGAACAAGCAAAGUGAGGGUAAAUUAUUGCCUGAAUCUGGUCCACCACGUCAACCGUAGGUCGCCUAGUGCUCCGCCGUCUUACUCAAUUUCACUUUCAUUACCUACCAUUCUUGAAGGAAAAAAAUCUUCGAAUCUGGAAAAUGUUCUGGAGUAGGACGUAAGGCAGAUUCACCGGAGGUCCAUGGCUGACGUGGUGAACCGGGUUCGGCAAAUAAUUUCUCCUGAAUGAGGUUUUAUCUGGAGUUUAGGAUGAAUACAUGGCUCUCCUCCUAAUUGAAGGCAUUAACAAUUGUAAUGUUGUUGUAGUAGUAGUAGCAGUAGGGGGAAGUGGUGCUAGCUAGAGGAGUGAAUAUGAACAAAGUAUUCAGAGGGGAGAGCAUUAGCGGCAUUUGGUUUCAUUGAAUAGGUUGGCUGCUAGCAACGGGUGAUCCGCAUGAUGAAUGACCUGCACUUUAUUGUAAUUUUCGGUCCUUGUGUUGGUUAAUGUUGGUUGAUCUUUCUAUGAAUGAGUAUUCCUGAGGCGAGGACACUAGUAGCAUUCGAUUUCAUCAAAUAGGUUAGGUGUUAGUAAUGGGUGAUCUGUAUGAUGAAUGACUUGUACCUUUUUCUCGUAAUCUUCGGUCCUUGUGUUGGUUAAUGUUGGUUGAUCUUCUUGUGCC